AUUUUAUUAAAGUGUAUUUUUGCACAGAUAAUGUUGUGUUUAACAUAAAUUUCAAUGAUUUUUAAGAAUAAAACUUGAAUUCAUCUUUAUUAAACAUGCCUUUCUGAAUUUUUGCUCAUCAGAUUUUGUUUUGGGCAACACAUUACAAUUCUUCUUCGUUUGCCAAUUUUUUUAACCAUCAGACACCUAAGAAUUAAGGUAAAAGGGAUGGACUGAAUAGGAAAAACAAUUCUGAAAAACCAAGUCCAUCAAAUAAACCAAAUAUGGCGAUGCCUAUUUCCCCCUCGUUACGAGAAGAAGUUAAACUUCGAGAAGCGGAGAAUGCGUGGAAACCGACAAGACUAAAGGGUAGCGACAUUGAUGUUGAGGAAGCUAAAACCGAAUCUCUCGCUAAAAAAGUUCGUAGUGUGCUCAAUAAAUUAACGCUUCAAAAAUUCGACACAUUGGUUAGUCAAGUGAGAGCGUUGAACAUUGAUACCAAGGAAAGAAUGGAGCGUGUGAUUAAUCUUGUCUUCGAAAAGGCAAUUAAAGAACCUAUUUUUUCCGCGGAAUACGCACUUAUGUGUAAGGAACUUGCCAUGAUGCAAGUUUCCGGUACGGAUCCAUCUGAUUCAACAACGGCGAACUUUAGGAAAUUAAUUAUCACUCGUUGUCAACAUGAAUUCCAAAAGGAAUCCGACAAUGGUGAUAUGAGAGAGACGAAAGCUAAGGAAAUUGAAGAAUGUACAGAUCCUGAAAAGAAGAAAGAAUUAAUAUUAUUCUGUGAAGAGGAAGAGAGGAGGAUACGCAUGAAGUCUGUUGGUAACAUAAGGUUCAUUGGAGAACUUUUUAAACAAGGAAUGUUGAAAAAGAAUAUUAUGCUUUUCUGUAUAAAUCAUUUAUUACAAUUCCGUGAUGAAAAUAAUUUGGAAUGUUUGUGUAUAUUGUUAACGACAGUAGGAAAAAGAUUGGAAUCUAAAGACGAAUUGAAUGAAUAUUUUAUUCAAAUACAGGGCAUCGCAAAUGAUAAAGGCCCUGGAAAAAUUAAUUUCAGAGUUUGUUUUAUGCUCCAAGAUGUAAUUGACUUAAGGGCGAAUAAAUGGGUGCCAAGGAGAGAUGACAGUAAUCCUAAGACAAUGGACCAAAUUCAAAAAGAGGCAGAAACCGAACGAUUAGAUGCCCAACUCAAUAUUCCUCUUAAUACCCCACGAAAAGAUGAUCGGAACGUUGACCGACGAAGAAAUCGUGGAAUGGCAGGGUCUUCCGAAGAUGGUGGUUGGAGUCAGCCAGUUCGAUCGAGAGCUUCAUACUCUUGUGAUACUUCGAAACUAAAAACUAAACCUCCUCUAAUGGACGAUCUUCAAUUAGGAAAUAGGAAUACUUAUACUAUGUGGAAUAAGAAUAUUCCUUCUGUAGGAUCCACAAAGAUGCAGAAUAAAUUUUCAGCCCUAGAAAAUAUUUCAUCGUUUGAUCAAGAAAAACGUAAUCCACUCCAACUUUCUGGAUCAAAGUCGAUGGGACCACGAGAAUGUGGCAGAACUGACUACAAAUCCGCUUAUGAUGGUAGAAGUUCGCGAAAUGGCAGUAGCUACCAAUUAAGUAGUAGUGGUUCCUUGACUAGAGAGGGAAUUCCUCCACUUGACAGUGGAAGAAGUCAAAGUGUCACAAUGCCUCCUCAGAGCAAACCAGCUCCACAACCUACCUCUAUUAGUAAUAAACCAGAAAAAUCAUUUGAUGAACUCCAAAAAAUUGUUCAUAUGUUCGUCGAGGAAUAUAUCACCGAGGGCAAUGGUGAAUAUGUUGUACUCGAAAUUAAACAACAUUUCUCAACUUCACAAUUGCCAGCAGUGGUUCGUGAAAUAGUUAACGAAGUUCUCGACAAAUCUGUCAAUGCACGUGAAUCAGUAUCAAAACUAUUGUCCUUCCUUAUCACCAAAAAAUCAAUCACUUUGAACGACUUCCGAAAAGGAUUUGGUGAAGUUCUUGAAUCAGUCGAUGAUUUAAUAAUUGAUAUUCCGAAAAUCCUGUCUUACUUCGCCGAAAUUUUGGUUAAUCUUGUGAUUGACGAAACUCAUCCGCUGGCUGAAUUGCCUAUUACCUUGGCUAGUUUAAGAAGUACAGGUCAAAGUGGAAAAUUAGUAGGUGAAUUAUUCUCCAAAAUGGCUACAAUUUGUGGACCAUCAGAAUUCCUUGUUGAAAAGUGGUUUCGAAGUAAACUCCAAAUUAGUUAUCUUAUUAAUGGAGAACGAGAAAAUAUUGAUGAAAUCAUCAAGAAUUACAAAUUACAAUCACUAGCAGAAAAGAAGUUUACAUCUUUUGAACAAAUUCAUGAUCACCUUGUAAAAUUGAUGAAAACUAGCAAUAAUAUAGUUGAUGAUGUUGUUACUUGGGCGAAGAAUAAUAUUUCAGACAAAGUUCUUGAGCCAAAAUUUAUUCGAGUUCUCAUGACUGCCAUUUUGGAAGUAUCCACUGUUUGUAAUAAACAAAGACACGACUUCAAGCCUGAAAUAUUCCAAGGUUUGCAAACGCUGAUACAUAGGUUCGUCGAUGCGAAUGAAAAAUUAGAAUUGCAAUGUCUGUUCGCUGCUCAGUCAUUUGCAAAUAAAUUAGAAUUCCCCCCUGGGCUGCUUUUAAACAUUUUUGAUAAAUUAUGUGAGGACAAUGUAAUUUCCUUUGAGUCUUUCAUCUCGUGGGAAACGAAUGACGAUGCAGCUGAACGUGAAGGAAAGGCAGUAGCUUUAAAAGCACUCACAUGCUUUUUCACAUCAUUGAAGGAUGCCGAAGAAGUUUCUGAAGAAGAAACGUCAGCUCAAGUGCGUUAAAUAUUGUUAGUGUUUUAAAUGGAGAAUUUUUGACCCAAUGCCAAUGUGACGUGAGUUUUACUCUUUAUUUCUGAAUAUAUUGUGAAACACAUUUUCAGGAAAGUGCGUUUUUUCGCAAUUUAUAAGUGCUAAAAGUCUUGUGAAUUUCUAAAUAAUGCGAAACGAAAAAAUAUAACUAAAGAGGAAAGGUUUAACAAAACAAAAAUGAAAAAAGCAAGGUCUUAAUGCGUUUCUUUUUUAAUUAAAAAGAAACUGAAAAUCUCUUGUGUCAGAGAGCGAGAGUAUGCCUACAGAAAAUAUAUAUCUAGAAAAAUAAAUUCCAGGAUUCGUUUUGUACUAAAAAAUUUAUAUUAGUAGUGUUUGAAGGCGUUCAGUAGAUUGUAAGUCGAGAAAAGAUUUUAAGACUAAAGAUCAGCCUCAAAUCGAAGUAUUAGAGUUAACAAAAGCCAAAAAGAAAAAGUGAAAAUUGUUUAAAUACAGUAAACAAUAACUAAUCGUUAAUAAAUGUGAAAGAAAAAUUUUUAUUUUUAGUAUUUUUCACUUAAAUAUUUUAUAAUACUGUUGAAAACAAAUUUGUAAUUUUCAUAAUAAAAUUAUUGUAUUAUA